AUGAUUUCAGAAAAGAAAUUAACCUCGUUCAAGUUAAACAAUGAAAAUAGGAGUCACAAUUUUGAAGCUAAUAAUGAAUAUGAGCAUCAGAAGCAAGAAAAUAGACAUUUGCGUGCAAAAUCUAGCUUGAGCAGUAUUAAAAAUUGACUUUCCAGUUUAAAUUUAUGAAACAUUUUAGGGAAUAAGAAUUGUUCUAACCCAAAAUAAGAAGACAUAUGAUCACUACGACAAAAACAACAUCAACAUGAGCAUCCAAAAGCCAAAAUUCGCUUUUUCCCCUCAAGAACGCUCAAAAACUACCCUCAAACACCCUAAACCUCCCCCUCAGAACCCCACCAAAUCCCCUCUCUCCCAGUCUAACCCGCCUCAGAACCCUCCAAAAUUCUCUAAAUUCUGUUCCCAAAACCUCCUGUCUCACUUACACUCUAAGCCAAAGCUGUGCCUCCAGCCAGCAGUUUGUUCCUCUGAAAGUGACCUGCAGGCGUACCUGUACACGCACACUCCUCCGAUCCUUGACCAGCUGACUCUUUCAAGGUUCUCUCUUAGCCCACAAUCCAUCUACCAGUCCAGCUUAACUUCUAGACCAAGAAGAGACAUACACCCCCAUGAUUCUUACGUAAAAGUCCAGGAGUACAGUACAUCCCAGACCACUAGUUUCAGCUCAAUGGACCAAAACCAGUUCACUGAUGUAACAGAAGGGUACAAGCACACACAGAAAUGGGUCACGGUCAAGAAGUCACAGCCUGAAGUAGAAGAGGAAAGGGCCAAGAGACAGGGGCAGUGAGGGAGGAAGCAGGAGAGGAAUGAAGAGAAAGGGAAUAGUGACUGGAAGCAGGGGGAAGGAAGAGAGAAGUUGAGUAAGAAACCAAAGGAAGUCAGAAAGCAGAGGAUUAAAAAUGAGUGAUCUGAGUAUUUACAGGCUACUGUGUUGGAAAAAUUGAGGAAUACAAAGAAGAAGAUUUUGAAUACUAAGAUUAGGAUGAAGAGAGAGCUAAGCUCGAUUAUAUCUUCUAAAUCAGUGAAAGAUAAUACAAGAUGAAUUUCGAAACAAAAGAAAGAAGUUUCAAGCACCCGUUCUGUUGAGAGAACUAAUUCAAAAGCAAUGAGGUGCUUUAAACAAUCAAACUGAACAUCAGUAAGGAACUUAGCUCAUCGUUCUAAAUCAGUUAAAUCUGCUGUUAAAGGAUGAAAGAAGAAAUCUAAAAGAAAGACAAAAUCUAGAGUCAAGAAUUCUAAAGGAAUUGUUUCUAAAAUGUCAAGUACUAAUGCAUCUAGAAGCAAGUCUUGAGUCUCGUCUAGAGGCAAUUCAAAUAUUGUUAGAAAUCUCAAAAGGGCUAAAAGCUCCAGGCACCGGAAGACCAAACCUGUAAGAAAGCAGUCUAAGAGAAUGCACAAAAAGGAUAGAAGGGCAGAGGCUAAGUCUCAGUCCAGGUUUGCCAAAUCCCAGAGAGCAUCAAGAUGGUUUUCAUAGUUUCAACAAAUCGCUUGAAA